CUUUUUAACAAUUGAAUUUAUACGAAUCUAGUUUUUAUUUUUAGUUAAAAAAAAGCUUGAGGUCGUUUUAUAUUCUUAACUACUUUCUUUUGUUUGAAAAGGUCGAGUGGGAUUUUGGGUGGACGAGUGGUGGCAGGUCAAGACGGUCUCGCUCAUGGUAUAACUCCCGUGAAAAUGCCCCGAGCUCAUUUCUCACCGGAUCCUCGUCUGGUCGUCACCGACAGAACAGAUAUGUUUUGAUACAUCAUCCAGUAGGAACCCAGAAGACCUCCAACAUUCUGAAACAGUAUUUCCACAGUAUUAUUCACUAUGGAUCUCAAGGAGAAGAGAGUAUAUAAAAUCGUGCUGACUGGAGGACCUUGUGGAGGCAAGACGACAGGUCAGGCCAGGCUGAGCACGUUCUUUGAGAACCUCGGUUGGAAGGUAUUUCGGGUCCCGGAAACGGCUACUGUACUCCUCAGUGGAGGUAUAAAAUUUUCCGACCUGACUGAAGAAGAAGGCGAUGUGGCGCACAUUUGCCCAAGGUGCGUCGGGGCUCUUGAAAGCACAUGCCCGAGAUGCGUAGGGGCUCUCGCUAGGGAUUCUUCACGGGAUUCUGAGGCAUUCAAAUUUCAAGAAAACCUAUUGAAAACGAUGAUUCAAAUUGAAAAUACUUUUUUCGAGUUGGCCGAGACCUGUCCGAGAAACUGCUUGAUUAUAUGUGAUCGUGGAGCAAUGGACGCUUCAGCUUUUAUAUCUAAAGAAAAAUGGGAAAAAUUGUUAGCGGCCAACAAUUGGAAUUCAGUUGAAUUGAGAGACAAUCGGUACAACCAGAUAAUACAUAUGGUCACAGCUGCAAAUGGUGCGGAGGAUUUUUAUACAACAGAGGACCAUGCCUGCAGGAGUGAAGGUGUCGAGUUGGCGAAAGAAUUGGAUUACAACGCUGCUUCAGCUUGGAUCGGCCACCCUUACUUUGACGUUAUCGACAAUUCAACUGAGUUUGAAAAGAAAAUCAGAAGAAUGAUAGCGAGCAUAUGUCAAAAAAUGGGAAUUGACACUGGCGACAGAUUGCUUACAAAUGCAAGGAAAAGAAAAUUCCUUGUCAAAGGACCGCUACCGGAUGAUUCAGUAUUCCCUCCAUUUCAAGACUUCGAUGUUGUCCACAAUUACCUGACCAACUCCCAUCCUUCACUGCAAGCUAGACUUAGAAAAAGAGGGCAAAAAGGGCACUGGAGUUAUACUCAUACUAUAAGGAAACCACGUCUCCACGGUCAAGUCGUCGAAGUUAAAACUCAGUUGACGCAUAGAGACUACUUGAAUCUCUUGACACAGAAGGAUGAUUCCCAUUUCACCAUUUUUAAAAAGAGGAGGUGUUUUCUUGACAGUAAUCAAUACUUUCAGUUGGAUAUUUAUAAAGCUCCUUGCCACCCUAGAUGCAACGGGUUAAUUCUUCUUGAAACCUAUUCCGCCCUGGAAGAUGGAAAAUUGGAGCAAUGUAUGCCAAAAUUUUUAAAGGUUGUGUGUGAAGUCACAGGAGAUCCAACGUAUUCGAUGUACAAUCUUUCCCUUAGGGAAGAAUGGACAACUUCAACAAAAUUCUGUCAUGCUCUUAAAGCCCCCUCUUUGGAAGGAACUAAUGGAAUCGGUUCUAUGAAUGGCGGAGUCGGAAUCAAACAAAUUGUCAACGGAAAAUGAGUUGGCAGCAAUGAGAACCCGAGUACCUGUCUGCUUUUGUUAUGUAAAAUGAAAAAAAAAAGUUAUAUACAUAUUCCUAGACUACUAGUCUCGUAGCCCCCUCUCUAAUAGUCGAAAUAAAGUAAUAAUCAAACGCAAAAA